CGAAACUGUUUUUUCUUUCUUUUUUUUAACCCACGUGACCAGUAAACAAGGGUUUAAUAGUCCCAUUAUUCCUUCUCACUUGUUACAUUUCUAAUCCUGUGGAGAACAGAGAAGAAGUAAAAUUCCAAAGGAGGUCCCCUCACCAUGUGGCUGUACCUGGCGGUCCUUGUGGGCCUGUACUACCUCCUGCGCUGGUACCGGGAGAGGCAGGUGGUGAGCCUCCUCCAGGACAAGUUCGUCUUCAUCACGGGCUGUGACUCGGGCUUCGGGAACCUGCUGGCCAGGCAGCUGCACCUGCGAGGCUUGAGGGUUCUGGCUGCGUGUCUGACGGAGCAGGGGGCCGAGCAGCUGAGGAACCAGACAUCGGACAGGUUGGAGACGGUGAUCCUGGACGUCACCAAGACUGAGAGCAUCGCUGCGGCCACUGAGUGGGUGAAGGAGCGUGUGGGGAACAGAGGGCUCUGGGGUCUGGUCAACAACGCAGGCGUUUUUCACCCGCAUGGCUACACUGAGUGGCUGAAGAUUGAGGCCUGUAUGGAUACCCUCAAAGUGAACCUCAUUGGUUUGAUAGAGGUGACCUUGAGCAUGCUUCCCUUGGUAAGGAGAGCACAGGGGAGGAUUGUCAAUGUCUCCAGCAUUCUGGGAAGAAUUGCUUUCUUUGGAGGAGUCUACUCUUGCACCAAGUAUGGAGUGCAAGCCUUUUCAGAUAUUCUGAGGCGUGAGCUUCAACAUUUCGGGGUGAAAAUCAGCAUAAUUGAACCAGGCUACUUCAGAACAGGAAUGUCAGAUUUGCAGAAGUCCUCAGAGGCAGCGAAACAAGUCUGGAAAGAAGUCCCUGUGCAUAUUAAGGAGUCCUAUGGACAGAAGUUUUUUGAUACCUAUCACGAUCUCCUGAAACAAGGGAUGUUGAGUUGUAGCACAAACCUGAACCUGGUUACUGACUGUAUGGAACAUGCCCUGACAUCUGUUCAUCCCCGCACUCGAUACUCAGCUGGCUGGGAUGCUAAAUUUUUCUUCAUCCCUCUAUCUUAUUUACCUACAUCACUGGCAGACUACAUAUUGACUAGAUCUUGGCCCAAACCAGCCCAGGCAGUCUAAAGAAAACGGGUUGGUGGCUCUUGAAAUGAAGAAGACAAAAAUCUGAAAUUGAUUGUUAGUGUCCCAAUAAUCUUUAUGUGUCAUCUAUACUUUUUGUAACAAUAAACUUUCUUGCCUAAACUCAUUUAUCUGGCACCAUCAGAGAACCAAUAGGUUUUUAUUCCAGAUAUCCAAAGCUUACACCUUUAGGUGAUAAAUCUUUACCAUUUUAACCAUCUUUUGAUGAUAGUAUUUCCAAAAUGCAUCAAUCUUCCUUGCCCUAUUAAACAGAGUAGACCAGAAACAAUUUAGCUUGUUUUGAUGUUAUUUUUUAAUGUAAAUGAAUAGCUGUUCUGUGCUGUGCUAAACUAUUGCUCAAGGACUAUUGAGAAAUGUGGAUCUGUUCAUCCUUAACUUGAAAUGGGUCUAUACUUUGGUACUUCUAGUAAAUGUUUAAUUUUGUUUUCUCCUCCCUAUUUGCCAGCUGUUUUGGGAUAUAUUUCUUCCUUAUUUAAAAAGAAAUGAUUUUUAUUUUUAUUUAUUUAUUUUUUUUGCGGUACGCGGGCCUCUCACUGUUGUGGCCUCUCCCGUUGCGGAGCACAGGCUCCGGACGCGCAGGCCCAGUGGCCAUGGCUCACGGGCCCAGCCGCUCCGCGGCAUGCGGGAUCCUCCCGGACCAGGGCACGAACCCGUGUCCCCUGCAUCGGCAGGCAGACUCUGAACUGCUGCGCCACCAGGGAAGCCCAUGAUUUUUAACUUUUAAAUCAAAAUAAUAUACACAUACAUAGUUAAAAAUUCAGUUAAUACUCAAAAGCUUAAAAAUGAAAGCACAACAAACAGUUCGCCACCUUCAUUGCUGUUCCUCAGAGGUGAAUGCUUUUGACUUUUAGCUAUUUUUUCUGGUAUUUACUGCUAUAUUUCUGAAUAAUAUACUUCAUACUGUUUUUCUUGAUUUAUUAAUUUUAGAUAUUCUCAAUUAACUUCCUGUUACGGUAAAUGAGAAUUUAGCUUUUUACACCACUUUCCUGACCAUUUCCUUUAUCCCAUAUUUCUAAUAUAAUUUUUAUCACAUUUCAGUUAAAUUAAUAGUGUUUGCAUUAUUAGCAUGUGAUUUUUUUUGUUUUUCUUGGAGUUAAUUAUUACCUUUUUUUUUCUUUUUUUUUUUUUGAGCCAUGCUGAGGCUUGUGGGAUCUCAGUUCCCUGACCAGGGAUUGAACCCAGGCCAUGGCAGUGAAAGCCUGGAAUCCUAACCACCAGAGAACUCCCUACCUUGCUUUUUUAUUUGCAUAAUUUUUUAUUCACUUUAAUUUUUUCACCUGUUUUCUCUGAUUUCAGAAUACUUUCAAUAGUAUUCUUUAGAUAGUUAAAUGGAUCAUAGAAUUAUCCAUUCCAUUUCAACUGAUCCAAUACAGGAUCACACUUUGAUUUAAUUUUCAUGUCCCUGUACUCUGAUUUAUAAUAGUUUCUUAAUGUUUUUUUAAAACUUUUUAUUUUAUAUUGGAGUAUAGCCAAUUAACAAUGUUAUGAUAGUUUCAGGUGCACAACAAAGCGACUCAGCCAUACGUAUACAUGUAUCCAUUCUCCCCCAAACUCCCCUCCCAUUCAGGCUGCUACAUAAUAUUGAGCAGAGUUCCCUGUGCCAUACAGUAGGUCCUCGUUGGUUAUCCAUUUUAAAUAUAGCAGUGUUUACAUAUUGAUCCCAAACUCCCUAACUAUCCCUUCCCCCAACCCUUCCCCCCGGUUUCCUUUGCUGUGCAAAAGCUUGUAAAUUUGAUUAGGUCCCAUUUAUUUAUUUCUGCUUUUAUUUCUAUCGCCUGGGAGACUUACCUAAGAAAACGUUGCUAUGAUUGAUGUCAGAGAAUGUUUUGCCUAUGUUCUCUUCUAGGAGUUGUAUGGUAUCAUUUAUAGUCUUUUUUUUAAAAUUACUUCAAAAUUUAUUUUUAUUUUUGGCUGCACUGGGUCUUCUUUGUUGCACGUGGGCUUUCUCUAGUUGCAGCGAGUGGGGGCUACUCUUCGUUGCAGUGUGCAGUCUUGUCAUUGCAGUGGCUCCUAGGUGCCAUUGCAGAGCACGAGCUCUAGGCGUAUGGGCUUCAGUAGUUGCAGCAUGUGGGCUCAGUUGUUGUGGCUCGCGGACUCUAGAGCGCAGGCUCAGUAGUUGUGGCUCAUGGGCCUAGCUGCUCUGCAGCAUGUGAGAUCUUCCUGGACCAGGGUUCAAACCUGUCUCCCCUGCGUUGGCAAGUGGAUUUUUAACCACUGUGCCACCAGGGAAGUCCCUAUAGUCUUAUAUUUAAGUCUUGAAGCUAUUUUGAGUUUGUUUUUGUGUAUGGUGUGAGGGAGUGUUCUAACUUCAUUGAUUUACACGCAGCUGUCCAACUUUCCCAUCACUACUUGCUGAAGAGACUGUCUUUUCUCCAUUGUAUAUUUUUGCUACCUUGUCGGAGAAUAAUUGACCAUAGGUGUGUGGGUUUAUUUCUGGGCUCUCUAUUUUGUUCCAUUGAUCCAUAUGUCUGUUUUUGUGCCAAUACCAUGCUAUUUUGAUUACUGUAGCUUUGUAGUAUUGUCUGAAGUCUGGGAGGGUUAUGCCUCCAGCUUUGUUCUUUUUUUUUAUAUAUAAAUUUAUUUAUUUUAUUUUUUGGCUGCGUUGGGUCUUCAUUGCUGCAUGCGGGCUUUCUCUAAUUGUGGCGAGUGGGGGCUACUCUUUGUUGCAGUGCACGGGCUUUUCAUAGCGGUGGUUUCUCUUGUUGCGGAGCACAGGCUCUAGGUGCGUGGGCUUCAGUAGUUGUGGCUCGCAGGCUCUAGAGUGCAGGCUCACUAGUUGUGGUGCACGGGAUUAGUUGCUCCGUGGCAUGUGGGAUCUUCCCGGACCAGGGCUUGAACCCAUGUCCCCUGUGUUGGCACGUGGAUUCUUAACUACUGCACCACCAGGGAAGCCCCACUCAGGCACUUCUUUUUAUCUAAAGUCCAUAUGUUAUCAAGAAAAUAGACAUUGGAGAUCAUCUGAAGCAUAGUGUCACCAUCAAAGUUUUGGUGACAAACUUCCAAUAGGCCUGACCCAGAUAUCUUGGAAAAGCUGUCUCAUCAGAUGUCAUCUGCUUCAAUUCCAGGAAAUCUUUACUUUUAGGUCACCAGAUGAUGUACAGGUCCAGUCAGUGUUUGGUGCUUUCUUUCUUUCUUUUUUUAAAAUAAAUUUUUACUGGAGUAUAGUUGCUUUACAAUGUUGUGUUAGUUUCUGCUAUAUAGCAAAGUGAAUCAGCUGUACGUAUACAUACAUCCCCUCUUUUUUGGAUUUCCUUCCCAUUUAGGUCACCACAGAUCACUGAGUAGAGUUCCUUGUGCUAUACAGUAGGUUCUCAUUAGUCGGUGCUUUCUUUAAGUGUGUCACAUGAAUCCAAGAGUCUUUUCCUUGGGGUUCAGUGGCACAAGGGUUGGUUAGCAGUACCUGAUAGGGGCCUCUCCAACAAGGUUGAAGAGAGUUCUUCUGGAGAUGUCUUUUGCUAUAGAUGAAAUCUACAUUUUGCAACUUGUGAUGCUUAAGGUCUUCAUCCUCCUGAGAGUCCACUGUGAAAAGACUCCUCUAACAAAACAUGGCCAUUUUUUUUUUUUUUUUUUUUUUUGCGGUACGCGGGCCUCUCACUGUUGUGGCCUCUCCCGUUGUGGAGCACAGGCUCCAGACGAGCAGGCUCAGCAGCCAUGGCUCACGGGCCCAGCCGCUCCGCGGCAUGUGGGAUCUUCCCGGACCGGGGCACGAACCCGUGUCCCCUGCAUCGGCAGGCGGACUCUCAACCACUGCGCCACCAGGGAAGCCCAACAUGGCUAUUUUUAAUAGAAACAAUUAGGCCUUUGCAAUACUGGAGCUUCUCUCCUUUUAUCAGUUGUGGGUCAAAAGAAGCAGGAGCCAAGUGUGUUUGGCAUCCUGUACUAUCUCAAAGGGUGAGACUUUAUGAGUUCCGGAAGUGGUGGAUCUGAAAUAAGAAGGACCAGUGUCAAUGCUUUUGGCUAAGGUAUUUGGAGGGCCUCUACAAAUUUUGCCAAAUAAGUCUUAAUAAUGUUGUUGGUGCAUUCAACUAAACCAGAGGAUCGAGGGUGGUAAACACAGUAAAAGUGUUGUAAAACUGGCCAAAGAGUGCAAACUUGUCAAAGUACCUGGCCAGUAAAAUAGGUUCCUCAAUCACUAUGAAGUUUGAGAAGAGUUCCCCAGGUAGGGGUAAUCUUUUCCAAAUGGAAUUUAGCCACAGAAGCGACAGUAGCCUGCUUGCAAGGGAAGGCUUCAAUGCAGUGUGAAAACAUACAGAUCAUGACUAAAACAUAUUUAUAUCCAUUAGACACAGGAAGUUGUAGGAAAUCCAUUUGCCUACAAAUGUAGGAAAAUCCAUCAAAAGAAGUUGCAGUAGCACACCUAGCACAAUAUUUGCCAUUGUCACCUUUUAAAUAAGAACCAGCAGUGAACCACAAGAAGUCAGUGUUACCUAAAGGAACUUCCUUUAGAUCAUCACAAAGAGUGAGAAGGUGAUCUGUCAGCAUUAAGAAAUUGUGAGAGGGACUUCCCUGGUGGCACAGUGGUUAAGAAUCCACCUACCAAUGCAGGGGACAAGGAUUCAAGCCCUGGUCCGGGAAGAUCCCACGUGCCGCGGAGUAACUAAGCCCGUGCGCCACAACUACUGAUCCUGCGCUGUACAGCCCACAUGCCGCAACUGCUGAAGCCCGCGUGCCUAAAGCCCAUGCUCUGCAACAAGAGAAGCCACCGCAAUGAGAAGCCUGCACACUGCAACGAAGAGUAGCCCCCGCUCGCUGCAACUAGAGAACACCCAGCAACGAAGACCCAAGGCAGCCAAAAAUAAAAUAUAAGUAAAUAGAUAAAUUAAAAAAAAAAAAGAAAUUGUGAGGGACUUUGUUGGCAAUGGAGGGGAGAAGAGUAGCAGGGUUAAUGGGUGAAGGGGGAUGAAAACAUACAAACUUCCAAUUCUAAAAUACAUAAGUCAUGGGGAUAUAAUACAUAGCAUGGCAACUAUAUUAAUACUGUAUUGCCUAUUGAAAUUUGCUAAGAGUAAAUCUUUAAAGUUCUCAUGACGAGAGAAAAAUUCUGUAACUGUGUGGUGAUGGAUGUUAACUAGACUUAUUGUGGUGAUCAUUUCACAAUAUAUACAAAUAUGGAAUCAUUAUGUAUGUUGUACAACUGAAACUAUUAUAAUGUUGUAUGUCAAUUAUACCUCAAUUUAAAAAAAAAGAAUAAUAAGUAUAAAUUGAGUUCUGCUGAUAUGUGGACAUGGGGGUGUUUUUAAUUCUUCCCUGAGAGUCAUUAAAUUUGUAUAAUUUUUAUUGAAACAACAACAACAAAAUGAGUAGCAGGGUUAAGAUUACUACAACAUAAAAGAAUAAUGUGAGGGGCGGUUAACAAAAAGACUUCAUAAGAGUUGUGGUGGCUGACUGAGAAAUGUUUUGUGUGGUGAGAGUUCAGGAGAGCUUCUACUGUAUUAGGUACAAAAAUGGUUAAAGGGGAUCCCAUAAUGAUUUUUCUGAUAGUCUUAACCAAAAGGGCAGUGACUGUAGCGGCUCUAGGGCAAGGGGGUAGG